AUGGACUGCCUGCUGUGGGGUACCUGUGUCCUCUGCUUGCUGAACCUGUUGGGAGUUGCACUGGGUCACCUCCACCCAGAAUGUGACUUCAUCUCUCAGCUGAGAGAGGAUGAGCUUGCAUGUCUUCAGGUGGCAGAGGGGACCAACAACACCUCUCUGGGCUGCCCUGGGACCUGGGAUGGGCUGCUGUGCUGGCCCCCAACAGGCUCUGGCCAGUGGGUGGCCCUCCCUUGCCCUGACUUCUUUUCUCACUUUAGCUCAGAGCCAGGGGAUGUGAAGAGGGACUGUACCAUCACUGGCUGGUCUGAUCCCUUCCCACCAUACCCUGUGGCCUGCCCUGUGCCCUUGGAGCUGCUAACCGAGGAGAAAUCUUACUUCUCCACGGUGAAGAUCAUCUACACCACAGGCCACAGCAUCUCCAUUGUCGCCCUCUGCAUGGCUAUCACCGUCCUGGUUACCCUCAGGAGGCUCCACUGCCCUCGGAACUACAUCCACAUGCAGCUGUUUGCCACUUUCAUCCUCAAGGCCAGCGCUGUGUUCCUGAAGGAUGCCGCCCUCUUCCAGGGCGACAGCACCGACCACUGCGGCUUGUCCACUAUCCUGUGCAAGGUCUCUGUGGCCGUCUCCCACUUUGCCACCAUGACCAACUUCAGCUGGCUGCUGGCGGAAGCUGUCUAUCUGAGCUGCCUAUUGGCCUCCACAUCCCCCAGGUCCCAACCGGCUUUCUGGUGGCUGGUUCUUGCUGGCUGGGGGCUCCCUGUGCUAUGCACUGGUACAUGGGUGGGCUGCAAACUGGCUUUCGAGGACACGGAGUGCUGGGACCUAGACGACAGCUCCCCCUACUGGUGGAUCAUCAAAGGGCCCAUAGUCCUCUCUGUUGGGGUGAACUUUGGGCUGUUUCUCAAUAUAAUUUGCAUCCUGCUGAGGAAACUGGAGCCUGCACAGGGUGGCCUCCACACUCGGGCUCAGUACUGGCGGCUUUCCAAGUCAACACUUCUCCUUAUCCCGCUGUUUGGAAUUCAUUAUAUCAUCUUCAACUUCCUGCCUGACAGUGCUGGCCUUGGCAUCCGCCUACCCCUAGAGCUGGGACUGGGCUCCUUCCAGGGCUUCAUUGUUGCUGUCCUCUACUGCUUUCUCAACCAAGAGGUGAGGACAGAGAUCUCACGCAAAUGGUAUGGCCACGACCCUGAACUUCUGCCAGCACGUCGGACCUGCACUGAGUGGACCACGCCUCCCCGACCGAGAGUGAAGAAGGUGCCUGCAUGUCAACCUCUGACUUUCUCAGCUCCUGUCUGCCCCCAUCUCUUCUUUCCUCCCAUCUAG